AUGGCUGCCAAGCUUAUCCUCCUUGUGUGCUGCUUCGGAGUUGCCUCGGCCGUCGUGCAGAACUACUGCAAGGUGACCGGAACGGCCUGCACGACGUCCGCAACCUGCGCCUCUGGCCAAACCUGCGUCAACCGCGACAACAAGAACAAGGUUUGCUGCGCGACUGCUAACCUCGGCUGCCAGGAUCUGAACGUAGCCGGGACGACGUCAAACACCUGCGCCAGCAACAAAGCCUCCGGCCUGUGCAGCGAUCCCAAAUACACCUCUCUCAUCACGACGCAAUGCCCGGCGACUUGUGGAUUGUGCUCGGGUAGCCCCACGUGCGCCGACGUGAACGUCUCGGAAUGCCUGAAAAACGUCGCACUGUGCUCGAACUCGGCGUACAACAGCGUGAUGAGCGUGCAGUGCCGCAAGACCUGCGGAUACUGCACCAGCGGA